AUGAGCGAGAGUUUGGAGAAAGAGAGAGAAGGAACCGGCCUAGCAACGGAAGAGUCUAGAAGUAGCCGAGCGGAAAGGGGCAGAGCGCGUGAGUCGGAAGAAAGUGAAGACGAACAGCAAGCCGCGAAACGAAAGAAGGAAGGAAAGGCAGGAAAAUCGCCAGAACAGCAGGGAGAUUCAGAGGAGAAGAAAAUGGCGAAUUUAGAGGAGAUAGAAAAAAUGAUGGAGAGACAACUGCAGCGGCAUAAGGAUGAUAUGAUGAAGAUGAUAAGAAGAGAAUUAAAAGAAGAGAUGAAUUUGGAUGAUAAAAAGGAGAUCAUGAUUAGGAGAAAUAAAUUGACAGGUACGAAAAUAUAUGUAGACGAUGAUCUAACGAAGGAUGAAAGAGAAAGACAGAAGGAGAUUAGAUUUUGGGCGAAGAGAGAGAAAGAGAGAGGUAGGCGAGUAAAAGUGGGCUUUGGGAAAGCGUGGAUGAAUGGAUUAAAGAGAAAAGACGAAGAUUUUUGGGAUUUUCUGAAAGAUUUCGAUGUGAUUGGUUUGAGUGAGACAUGGGUGGAAGAAGCUGGGUGGGGGAAGAUAAAAGAAAAAAUGCCAGAUGGGUGGAGAUGGAAAUGUCAGCCAGCGAGGAGGGAAAAGAAAAGAGGGAGAGCGAUGGGAGGGAUAAUAACGGGGAUAAGGAAGGAAAUAGAGGAAAGAAGUAGAAGUGAAGAGGAAGUAGAGGGGAUACAGCAGAGAGAGGUUGUUGUAGAUGAGGAGAGGUGGAGAAUUGUUACAGUAUAUAACAAAGAGGGAAGUAAGGAAGAAUUAGAUAGAUUAAAAGAGAUGAUAGGAGAGAGGGAAGAAGAAAAUAUGAUAAUAGUAGGAGACUUUAACGCAAGAAUUGGUAAGGAAGGGGGUUUUUGUGACCAAAAUGGCGAAGAAAAAGGAGAAAAUGGCAAAGAACGGAGAUCGAAAGAUGGAGUGGUAAACAAACAAGGGUGUGAGCUGGUGAAGGUAGUGGGAGAAAGAGGGUGGUUGAUACUGAAUGGGUGGAAAAAAGGGGAUGAAGAAGGAGAGUGGACGUAUGAAAAAGCGGGAGGGAAAUCAGUGAUAGAUUAUGGAAUUGUAAAUCUGGAGGCAGAAGAGAAAAUUAGAUGUUUUGAAAUAGGAUGCAGGGCAGAAUCAGAUCACCAGCCAAUAUUGAUAGAGUUAGGAAAGGAAUAUACAAGGCAGGAGAAGGAAAAAGAGAGCGAGGCAGAGAUGAUACAGGAUUGGUCAGAGGAGGGCAUAGAAAUAUUUAGGAAAAAUAUAGAGGAAGUAGAGUGGGAAAAAGGAGAGGGGGGAGGACGAUGGGAAGAAAUGGAAGAAGUAAUGAAAAGAGCACCUAAAAUGAAGAGGAAGGGUGGAAGGAAAGAGGUAGGAUGGGUACCAUGGUGGGAUAGAGAGUGUAGGGAGAAAAAGAGAGAGGUUAAUAGGGCGGGGAGAAGAUAUAGGAGAAGGAAGUCGGGAUAUGAGGAAUUUGUGAAAAAAAGAAGGGAAUAUAGGGAUACAUGUGAAAAGAAAGAAGUAGAGCAUAAGAAGCUUGAGGAGAGAGAGAUAGAAAAGAUUAUAACAGAAGCACAGGCAUGGGAAUUUAUAAAUAGGAGAAGGAAGAAAAAGGAGGGAAUAAGUAAGGAAAUUAAAAGAACGGAGUGGGUAGAGUAUUUUAAGACGGCAUUAGAGGGAGUUGACGAGAGAACGGCAGAAAUAGGAGAAAGACGGAAUGAAUUUAGAAAAGACGAAGGGAUAAGUCGGGAGGAAAUAAGACUAGAAAUAAAAAGAUUAAAGAAGGGUAAGGCGGCAGGGAUAGAUGGGAUAAGAAAUGAAGCAUGGAUGAUGGGGGGAGAUAAAGUAAGUGUAAAGUUAGAGGAAAUUUAUAGAAAGAUUUGGGAGGGAGAGGGAUUCCCAGAAAAAUGGAGAAUAGGAGUGGUAGUUCCGAUAUGGAAAAAAGGGGAUAAAAAUGUGGUAGGGAAUUACAGGGGUGUCACGCUUACAAGCACUGCGUAUAAGAUAUAUGCGAACAUUUUAAAUAAAAAGUUGGUGAAAGAGCUAGACGAGAAAGGAGGAUGGGGCAGAACGCAGGCAGGAUUUAGAAAAGGAAGAGGAACAAUAGAAAACAUAAAGAUCUUAAAACACCUAGUAGGAAGAAGACUAAAGGAGAAGAAGAAGGUGUGGGCAUUUUUUAUGGACCUAAAAGGAGCGUUCGAUAAAAUAGAUAGGAAGGUAUUAUGGGAAAUGAUGAGGAGAAGGGGAAUCAGUGAUGUACUGAUAGAAAGAGUAAAAGAAAUAUAUGAGGAGACAAGAUGCGUGGUAAGGAUAGGGGGGGAAGUCUCAAAGGAAUUUUGGGUAAAAAAGGGGGUAAGACAGGGGUGUCCUUUGAGUCCAACUCUGUUUAAUGUAUAUAUCGCGGAUUUAGAGGAGGAAUUAAGAAAAGGAAUAGGAGGAGUAAGAGUGGGAGGCGAUAAGGUGUGGUCGCUAGAAUAUGCUGACGACAUUGUGGUGGUGGCGGAAGAAGAAGUAGGCUUAAGGGCGAUGAUAAGAGGGAUACAAAGGUAUUUAAAAGAGAAGAAACUAGAGCUGAGCCCGGAAAAGUCGAAAGUUAUGGUGUUUAGAAAGAAAGGGGGAAGGGAGAAAGAAAGGUACUGGUGGUGGGGAAAGGAAAGAUUAGAGGAGGUAAAGGAAUAUAAAUAUCUAGGAUAUUGGGUGUCAAGAUACGGAGGGGAAACGGAACACGUGAGAGAUAGAAUUAGAAAAGCGAGGGUGGCCAUGGGAUGGGUGUGGAGUUACGGGGAGAGAAAGUUCAAGGGGGACGUAAGGUGGAGACUGAAGCUUUUUGACAGUAUUGUGAAAGGAAUACUUUUGUAUGGAGUGGAGAUAUGGGGGUAUAAGGAAUGGAAAGAAAUAGAGGCUUUACAAGAAAAAUAUUUGAGAUGGAUACUGGGGGUGAAGAGUUGUACUCCGGGAUAUAUAGUUAGGGAGGAAUUGAAAAGGAACAAAAUGAGGGUGGAAACGGGGUGGAGAGCGGGAAGGUUUGAAGAGAGAAUACAGAAAGGAGAAGGAGGAGAGAUAGGGAGAGAAAGUAUAGUAGAACGGAGGAAAGAGGAAAGAGAAAAACGAAAGGAAGAAUGGACAAGGGAAAGCCUAGAGAGAAGGGAGUACUUAUGGAGAGGGGGGGUAAGCGAGGAAGCGCUUAAUGAAUGGGGAGAGGGAAAAUGGGAGCGAUUACGAGAAAGAGAUAUAGAAGUAGAUAUGCAGCAGAGAGGAGAAGAGGUGUUGAGCACACCUCAAGGUCGUCAGAGAUUGCAAAGUCAGUUAGGACCGUUAGGAAAAGUAUAUGUGAAUACUCUUUUAACUGAUAAUGCAAGAAACGAAAUCGAUCUUGUCUACGGUAUUUAUUUUGAUGAAAACGGUACGAUGUUAGGUAAUAAAAAAUUUGACGUAGAUACGGGCGACACUAUAAUCAUAGACGGAGUGAGGUACAAAAGUACACCAGGUCUAUACGAGCUGAUCUUCAAGAAGAUUCCAAACGACACUAUCUACACCGAGAAUGAUAAACAAACGUACAAACAUAUAUUAUUGAUGACGAAUGCUCACAGACAAUAA